AUGGAGAUGACAAGCGAGGAGGCAGCCUGUCAGGUCCACGCAGUUUUCAUGGAGCCCGAGCCCGAGCCCGUGAGCCCUGCUGCGUGUUCACGCUCCUGUAUCACGCGUUCCCGCCGACCUCCAAGGUUCUUUGUGGCGAAAGAAGUUUCUUCAGGUUACAAAAAGGAAAAUGGAACCAAGGAGACAGCUACAUUUGGAAUGCAGUAUCAAGGUGUUGAAUGGCAUAGCAGAGAAAAAACAAUCCAAACACAAAGAAUCACAUCUUUCACUCGUUUGACAGUUCAAGACAAUGCCAACUUCACUGAAAAAGAAGGAUAUGUGCCGUGGAUGGAUACACCAGAGUAUCCGACACCAAACAAUAGCAGAUACUUCAUCCUGGAUGACAAUAAUGAAUCUCUGAAAGUCCUUCGCGAUGGAACAUACAAGGUUUCUCUUCAGAUUACGUACAAAAAAAUAUUCAGCGAAAACACAAGUGAAAUAUUUCUGCAACAUGAUAUUCGUCAUUGUACUGAGGCAUAUGAUGGAGCCCUGACCCUGCUCGUCCACUGUGAAACAGUCAACCUCAAAUACUGGACGAAAACUCUGUUCUCUGAGGGUAUUUUUUCUCUCAAAGCUGGGGACAGACUCAAGGUGUGGUCCAACAAUCGGAAACUCAUUGACUUUAAAGGGCAAAUUUCGCAAAAAACAGCCUUUGUGGCAUAUCCUCAUUUUUCCACAUGAGGAUAUGGUGAAUAUAGAAUUCACUAAAAAGGCCAUUUCUUCUAUAGCUUUGCAUAAAAAUCAAAAGGGCUGCCAUGAAGUAUCAUAUUCAUCUGAAAGGACCUUGUGGUCUAAACACAUUCCUCUUCUGUCAACAUAAUAAUUUGAAUCUCAGAUUUAUUUGUAUAAUCAAUAGCAGAGGUAUGUACAGAAUAAAACCUUUAUGAAAAAAAUACUGUUGUACAGUAAUGGUGUCACAAGGUAAUACCAGGGUACUUUGAUAUCAUCUAUGGUACUGAAAAUCAUUCCUUCUAACAGUAUUUUUUGGUAUUUUCUUUUGUAUGAGAAGACUGCUCUGCUUCACGGCUGGGGACAAAAGAGGCAUUGGCUUGGGUUUUUAAAACAUUUUUAAGCACUACAACUGUGGAGGAAUUGUAAUUUAAUAAUGAAGUUGUAUUUUUGAUGCAUUUUGAUUGAACUUGGUAUGAAAAUAUACUGUUGUAUGCAUUAAAAUACUGCAUAUUAUAUUAUUUAUGCUAUUGUAAUCUCUACAAUGCUAUUGUAAUAUGCUUUUGUAUGUUAUUAUAGUCAGAUUAAGGAUUUGGGCUGUUGAUGCAAAGGUUACAGGUUCAGUAACAUUACGGAUUGAAGAGAGUGGUCAAUACCCUGUAUUGCUCUGUUCCCUAGUGAGUUUUUGAGGUGCAUCGUGGUUGCUGUCAUUGGAAUUUGUAGGCUGUAAGUUACUUUGUAAUGAAUAGGUUUGCAAUCACCAAAUAUGACCUUUAUAAUGAUUUGUAUUAAAGAUUGUUUCAUGUAUUUGAAUACAUCUUCAUACUGACAUCAUUCUUUGACCAUGAAGAAUCAAUAAAUACUAUUACAUAAA